CUUUAGCUCAGCUCAUGAAGCUGUUCUCUAAACGAGGCAUUCUUACCAGAGGGCGGCGACCCUUGUAUGCUGCAACUCGAGUCUUCAAUGCUUCCUCCGCUACUGCAUCAUCUGCCAUAGCUAAAUGCUGGAUCCAUACCACCAACAAGACGAACACUUUCAAAAACGGCCUUCGUAAGGCCUACUACUCAACCGGGACCAGUGGCUCUGACCCAAACACGGGCCCUGAACUUGGAUCCGCUCUUCCUCUCUAUCAAAAAGUGAUCAAUGCCUGGAACGAAACACCUGUGAAAUGGUACCCCAUUCCUAUUGCUGUCGGAGCAUUGGUUCUUGUCGCUGUUCAAUAUCGUCGGAAGGCCCGUAAGGAGGUUCAUGUUGACGAAGACGGCCACGAUAUCGUGCGACUGAAGGGGCCGUGGCAGGUUCACGUUCUUGGUGCUCUCCCACUCCGAAACAUGUCACGUCUCUGGGGCUACGUUAACUCUCUGGAGCUACCCGUGUGGUUCCGCCCGUACGGAUUCAAACUCUACGCGGCCACGUUCGGUUGCGACUUGGACGAGAUCGAGCCAGCAGACUUGAAGGCGUAUGCCAGUCUUGGCGAGUUCUUCUAUCGCAAACUCAAGGAAGGGUCACGGCCUGUGGAGGAUGCAGUGCUCGUUAGCCCUGCCGAUGGAAAGAUAUUGCAUUUCGGGACAAUCCAGGAUUGGCGGAUAGAACAGGUGAAGGGGAUCACAUACUCCCUCGAUGCACUACUUGGAGUCGAAAGACCCGGUUCACCUAUUGCUACGCCUGCGGAUAUGCCCAAGGGUCUUCCCGUCGUUGACGAUCACGAGUUCGCAAAUGUGAACGGAAUCGAGUAUAGUCUACAUGGGCUUAUUGGAGGAUCCAGUGGAGUCAACACGCCCACAGAAGAUGCAUCUGUUCCGCACAAAUUUGGCAAGCAAAUCGAUGCGUCUGUGGUGGGGAAGCCGGCUGAGACUCUCAUUCACGACGUCUCUGUUGCUUCUGAGGUUGGUCUGCGCCCGACGUUGGAGCGAAAGAGCACCAGUGUUAGUAGCUUGCGACCGGGAAACACACUCUUCUUCAGCGUUAUCUAUCUUGCACCUGGCGACUACCACCGGUUCCACAGUCCCGCAGCAUGGGUUGUCGAGAAACGUCGACAUUUUGUCGGCGAGCUGUUCUCUGUUUCGCCCUACAUCGCUAAACGGCUGGAAAAUUUGUUUGUGCUCAACGAGCGAGUCGCCCUGUUGGGUCGGUGGAAGCAUGGCUUCUUCAGCAUGGUUCCAGUGGGCGCUACCAACGUCGGCAGUAUCAAGGUCAAUUUCGAUCAGACCUUGCGAACGAAUCUUCGUGGUAAAGCACCUCCACCGGGAACGUACACGGAGGCGGUGUACUCAGCAGCUUCAUCGCUCUUGAACGGCCAGCCCUUGUUACCCGCUCAAGAGAUGGGCGGAUUCUGUCUGGGCAGCACCAUCGUUCUCGUCUUUGAGGCUCCACGGGAUUUCCAGUUCGCUGUGCAGACAGGCCAGAAGGUUAAAGUGGGACAGAAGUUGGGGGACAUUGUCGAGAAUAAGACACAGUAG